CAAAGAAUAGUUAGUUUCUUUUACCAAAAAAAAUAAAAAAAUUUGAACCCGUUCUGAGAACUCUCUGUUGUAAUUAAAAUCCUAAAGACAGAGAAACAAAAUGCAUAGGUUCCUUUCAAACUUCUCUAAACUAACCAAAAAUUCAAAUUCCUCAUUUUUACAACAUUUUCAGCCACAGAAAACCUUCACUUCUCUUGCCAAACCAAGCUACUCUAACUACAAUAAAAAAUAUCGUGUCUUUAGUUUUACUCAAGUAAACCCAGUUCUUUAUUCAUGUCAUCCAAACUAUACACUUUCAAGGAAAAUUCAUGGCUUUCUGUCAAACCCAUUGCUUUCAAAGCAGUUUAAGUCAAUUUUAUCAAAUACCCAUUUCAAGGUCUCAAGCAAAAACUUUACAGAUUGUAAAGUUGGAUUAUUUAGUGAUCUGUUUGCUAGAAGAUUUUCUGGGUUUAAUUCAAGUUUUCGUUCCUUUGGACGUAACCGGAGAUUAUGGCUCCAUCAGCUAACGCCAAAUGACAUGGUUUUGAUCUUGAUCUUAGCCAAUGUUGGGGUCUUUGUGCUAUGGCGGAUCGCCGAUCGGAGAUUUAUGACGGAAAACUUUAUGAUUUCUUUGGACAAUUUCAAAAGUGGACGCGUGCACACGCUUAUUACUUCUGCAUUCAGUCAUAUUAAUUUGGAGCACAUCAUAUCUAACAUGAUUGGACUCUACUUCUUCGGGACGAAAAUUGCAAGAAGUUUUGGACAUGAAUACUUGCUAAAGUUGUAUGUAGCUGGUGCUAUUGGUGGUUCCUUGUUCUACUUGGUACACCAUGCCUUUAUGGCUUUAUCAACAAAGGAACAUAGAAUGUGGAUGGACCCUUCAAGAACUCCAGGAUUGGGGGCUAGUGGGGCUGUCAACGCUGUCAUGCUGCUUGAUAUAUUCCUGGAUCCAAGAGCCACUCUUUACUUAAAUUAUAUCAUACCAGUUCCUGCCAUUUUACUGGGAAUCUUUUUGAUUGGAAAAGAUGUUUUGAGGAUUAUUGAGGGAAAUAGUAAUAUUUCAGGAUCAGCACACUUGGGAGGUGCUGCAGUUGCAGCUAUAGCAUUUGCUCGAAUAAAGAAGGGAAGAUUUUGAAUUCCUGAGAGAUACUUAUGAAUUACUAAUAACAAUUUACAUGCUUCGAAAUUGUCAAAAUUAUGAUGUUAGUUUAGACUUCAGUGGAGAGCUUUGGUAAUUAGACCUGGAUAGCUUCAUCAAAUAUCUAAGAAAGCAGCAAUUUGUAUCUCACUACUUUGGGAUUCUGUUUCUAUUUUUGAGUGGCACAAUGCUCGUAUCUGCAAAGAUUUUGAAGAACCUUACAUCUUUAUAUUGCAGCGAGAACCUUCAAAUGGCAACCAUUUAAGUGUGCCCGGUUCUAGCCGACUGCUUCCAGGCCGGUUCUAGUCCAAAAUUCAGGCCUGAUGAACUGUUGACCGAUUAUGGUGGGUUUUGGGGUCAGGCCUAAAUUUAUGGAUGAGAAUAUGCAAGUAUUGUUGAAGGAUGCCAAAGUUCUGUAAUUUUAUCUCUGAAAUCUUUUUA